AUGACACAACUAAACACAGAUUCUGGCCUGUCCGAGCCCAAAAAGAUUGCACUUGGGAUUCUUAAUAUAAUCGACUAUGAUGUUGGCCACCUCAUUGGCAGUACUGAUAUUGAUCAGCCACAGAAUGCUAUGAGUCUCACUCACACAUUCCAUGUUGCAUUUGGCAACUUUGAUGUCUUCCUGGAAGCUGUUGCUGGCCAGCAGCAUACUUACCACAUCAAGAGCCUCAACCCUGUUAAAGCAAGGCUACUCAGGCUUCCCUUAACGCGCAAACUCCUUCUCAGUAAAAGCCAGUUGAUUGAGCCCCCUUCACCCCGGCUACUCGCUUUACACCGGGCCAUUGCCCAUAUCCUUCAUCUAUCCGGGGCUGGUGAAUACAUUGAUAAAAUCCUACGGGAUUUUGAGGAGGCCGGGGUCCAAGAAGAUGGAACCACAGAAUUGAGCCGUCUGGUGAACUGGAAGGCCACUGGUUGGCUAGAUGGUUCAGUUGAAGUGUAG